AUGACGACAGCAUCAACAUCGGGCAAUGGUGGAUUGUUGCAGGGUUGGUUGGAGAAGUUGAGGGAGGGUGGGAAAUUGACGAGUGAUGCCACCACCAUUACAGACAAAAUGAAGAAUGAUUUUGAUGAAGCAUGGAAUAAGCUGAAAAGUAGGUUGAACGCGGGGGAGUCAAAGGAAAUACAGAGCCUCUGUGCGGACGCAAAAAACCUUGUGAAGGAGGGGGGACCUGGGAAGAAUGUGUAUUUGCAGGAAUUAUGUAAAGCUGCCGUUGUAGUAAGAUAUUUCAUGAGUGGACUGACGUCACAGUACUAUAGCGUGAGCCCCGAAACAGGCAUUAAACCACAUGAGUGGUAUCCACGUUGUAUUGUUGGCGCAUUGGCCUUAGCCGAACUGUAUGGAGAUCACUGUAAAUUGGAUGAAGUUGUACAGCAAAUAUCGCUCAAAGUGGAAGAAAAAUUAGGGGAACAUUUGGGGAAAAAGAACCUUGAGCACCAACUGAAUAAAUGCAGUACAGUAGGUAUCGAAGAUGUACUCAUUGGUAAAGCAGUUCUAAGCAAUACAAUCAAAGAAUGGACACAUGCAGGGAGGGAGGCGGCCCGUAUGUCAAACUGGAACGGGGGCCCGUGGAGGGUGAGACUUCCAGGGAGGUAUUGGUCACACGUCUGUAAACAGCCGCCGGGGCAGCCCCAUAUAUCGGAUUCCGAAAGGAAGAAGGAAUAUUUAGAAGAAAAUAAAGGAAGUAUUGUAUCAUUCUCCGGAAUGGGCACAACUGAGAAUAAGGGAGCAAUAAUGGAUGAAUUAGUAAGUGAUAAAGAGUCAUUAACACUGAAAGAUUUUAAAACACUAUUGCAAGAAUCUAUUAGUCAUGGGAAUACUCCUAACGCGGACAGCAUAGUCAAAAACUUAAAGGAGAAAGUUCAAGGAAAUCUAGCUGAAGUAUGCAUGAAAGACAAGGGCAAGAAAUUCUGUGAUCGCUUGCAAUGUGCAGAAAAAUAUUGGCAAUUGACGAAGGAACAGGGCAGCAACAAGGAAUUCUGGAAGAACCACGUCAGUGACAAAUUGAGCUAUCUCUUUAAUUCGUCGACUACUAGUAGUGGCACCACAGGUGCGGAUUGCAACAACCAGAACCUGGAUAAUGCAAGCAAAGCAGCAUGCAAACAUAUUACAACAUUGUUGCACAAAAUGUACACAACCACAAAUGGCCCUAACAAAUUGUCUGAACAAAUUAUACAAUGUCUUUUGUUAAAAGCUUAUGCUGAAAAAUUAAAAGAGGAAGCCAAAAAAAAAGGAUAUUGUGACAUGAAGGCGGGUAUAGAACAUGCUUUCAAUCAAAGUAGAAGCAUUAUGGAUAAAAUAUCUCAAUGUGGAACUGGUGCUAAUGGCAAUAAUUGUAUUGAAUGCACAUGGAAGAAUGACGACGACUAUAACCAACUUGACAAAUGCACGAUUGGCAGCACCUCUGACAAAGUAAAGUCUAAAGUGGAAUCAAUGCUCGGCAGCAGCAAAAAAACCAAGGACAGCGGAAUACAACAAACCUUGGCUACCUUCAAUAAGGGAAAUACCUUAUGUGAACGUAUACAAUGUGCAGCGAAGUGGUGGGAAGGGAAAAACGGGGGGAGUGGAAAAGGAGACUUCUGGGACAAGAAUGUGAAGGCACUGUGGAAUGAAUUGGCAGGGAAAAUGAAGGCAACUAAGGGAACAGGGAAUUGGGAUUGUAAUACAGUGGAUAGGGACACUAAUAAUGAAAGGGCAGCAACUCAGUCUGAACAGACGGCAUGCAAAUUUUUGCAUGCCGGCUUAAACUAUCUGUACGAUUCGUCCGCGACGACGGCGUCGUCGUCCGGGACGACGACGUCGUCGCCAGACGACAUCUUAAAGAACAACCCAUCGUUAAGACAAGCGAUGGGUUGUUUUUUACUUCAUGCUUAUGCUAAACACAUGAAAGACAAAGCUGUUUGUGACAUAGAUGCUGGUAUACAAACGGCAUUCAAACUUGGGGAGGAACUCAGUAGAAGUAGUGGUACUAAUGCUAACUGCAGUAAUGGAAAAUGUAUUUCAUGCCAAUGGAAAGAGCGGGACUAUAACCAAUGCAAAAUUAACACAACUGGCCAGCCCAAUGGCGAAGAAAAGAAUGUUGAGGAAAAAUUGAAGGGCAUCGUUGAAAACGACAAGGAGGGCAACAUAAAGGCAAUGCAAACCAAAAUAAAUGGAAUGACAUUAUGUCAACGGUUCCAAUGUAUAUCCGAAAGGUGGUUGAAGGAGACGAAAAGCCAGAAUAAGGGAACACUGAACUGGAAGGAAGUAUGGGAACAAGUCAAAACGGAAGCCGCCACACUUGGCGGCGCUCUCAAGGGGGCAACAUCUGACGAUAAGAAAGGGCAGUUUGAACAGUACUGUAGUGAUCUUAAGAAGGUGAAUGGGGUACAGAAGGGAAAGGAGGCUUGCCUCCUUAUAGCAGCAGGAUUAAAAAACCUCGACGACAUCACCGACAACGGCGGCACCAACGGUGCCGUUGAGGCAUCGUUCAAAAGAACGAUGCGUUGUGUUUUAUUAAAUGCCAUUGCAGAUAAACUACAAAGUAACGAUUUUCCAUGUAGAGAGGAAAGGAGUGUAGCGGCAGGGAUAGAUUAUGCUUUUAAGACGAAGAAUGAUACUAUUAAGGAUGCAAGUGAUGGCUGCAAGGCUGGUAAUGAUAAGUGUUUUAAGUGUGUUAGGGAGCGCCUCUACACUUGUCAAAUUAAAGAAAAUAGCAGCACAGCGCUAGUAACGCCGUUAAAGGAGAAAAUUGACUCAAAGUUGAAGGAAGAAGAUAGUAACAGUAAUAGUUCCUUAACGAAGAAAUCUCUAACGAAGACCAUAUGUGGUGGUCAAUGCAAAAACAUGGGUAGUUUGUGUGCUCGUGCACAAUGUGCAGGAGAGCAGUGGCUUGAAGACAGGGGGAAACCCGCAAACGGGGAUAAAGUGUGGAAGGAAGUCCAAAAGGAAAUAACCAACCUUGUCACAGACAUAUCUACCAAUGGGGGCACCGACGCCGACAUAGACACUCUGUGCAAGGAGGUUAAAUGCCCCAAUGGUAAUGCAGAUGGUUGUGUGAGCAAAGCAACAUGCAAACUUAUUGUUAAAGCAUUGAAAAGUGUACAUCAAAUCAAGAAAGAGGGAGCAGGUUCAGAAGCGGGCCAAGAGAAUAAUCGAAUAUUUAAAUCUACUAUGCGUUGUGUAAUAUUGAAUGUACUCGCACAGAAAUUAAGAGAACAGGCGGAAAAAGGUGGUUAUGCUUGUGCCGUGGAAGAAGGAAUAAAGGGGGCCUUUGAUGCAGAGGAGAAGGAGAGUAAUCGAAAUAAUUGGUGUAAUAAGAAUGGUAAUGAGAAGGGUUCAUGUGAGAAGUGUGAGAAACAGGAGUGUGUUGGUACUAAAAUUGGGGAAAACAUCUACCUAUGGUCCAAAGUGAUGGAGAAGUUAAACACUGACUCCAACACCAACAACAACAAAAUACAACCAACAUUAUCCAAAAUAAAUAAGGAAGCCACUUUAUGUGAUCGCGUGAAUUGUAUAGUAAACCAAUUAAACUCACCUGACGCAAAGGAGGACGCAAAGAACAAAUUCUGGACAAAGGAUGGCGAAGUGGGACAACUAUGGAAUGAAUUGUCCGAAGCAAUGAGGAAGAGUGGUGGCCAAGAAAACGAAGGUCCAUGUGGAAUCAUGGAAGAUGGCACUGCCACUAGAAAAGCUACUGACCCUGAAAAGAAGGCAUGCCAACAUCUAACAGCAGGUUUCAACAAACUAAAGGAACUUACAACGAAUGGAUCGCCUAAAAUCAAUGGCAGCGACAUCUUGGAUAAGAACCCAUCGUUGAAACAAGCGAUGGGUUGUUUCCUUCUUAAAGAAUAUGCAAAACAAAUGCAAAAGGACUCUAAAUGUGUCAUUGAUGCUGGUUUAAAAAAAGCUUUUAAGUCAUGGAAUGAUAAUAAAUCUCCAUGCGCGAACAAUUUUUCGUGCAUUAAAUGUGAAUGGGAAGAAGAAUUGGACAACUGCACAAUUAACACAACUAAAACAGAUGGCACCGUCACCCAAAAAAAAGUGACGGAAAUGUUAAAAACAGUACUUCCAGAUAAUGACACAACUGUAACUGACGCCCUAAGAGAAAUAAAUAAAAUGCAAAACUUAUGCGAUUUCAUUAGAUGUGCCGCACCCAAAUGGUUCAAAAACAAAAUCGGGAAUAAGGGUAGCCCCACGCAGACUUGGUGUCAAUUUUGGGAUGAAGGCGUCAAAACAACACUGACGAACUUGUUCACACAAAUUCAAAAGGAUGGAACAAAGACCAACAAGAAUGGUAUAUGCACCACUUUUGGUGAUGGUAAUGAACAGAGUGUCGAGAGAAAAGCAUGUAAUCAUAUCACGGCAGGAUUAGACUACAUUAAAAAAAUUGGUGCUGCUGCGAAGCAGUCUAAUGGUCAAGACAACCAACUGCUUCAUCAAGCAGUUGGUUGUAUUGCUCUUAACAUGUACGCUGAUCAAAUAAUUGCAAAAUCGAAAGAUAUAUGUCCCAUUGAUGAAUCUAAAAUACAAGAUAUGUUUAAUAAAUGGAAUGAUCGAAAUAAAAGUUCUUCGUCUUCGACUCCAUGUAAUGGUGGUAAUAAUGGUUGUUUUCAAUGUAAGAGAGAACAAAUUUCUGCUGAUUGCCAGCUGAGCGUCGCAGACGCUCUGGUGGAAACAUCAAUACCAUCACCAAAUGGACAAAAUUGCAAUAAAAACAAAACUGACGCAAUUAAAGUCAAAGAACAAAUGACCAAACUCCUCGAAUCCAACCACCAAUCCCAAUCCAACACCAACUCCAUUAAAUCCAACAUAACAACCACCUUAUCUACUAUCACUAACAUGACCUCUUCUUUCUGUACUCAACUCCAAUGCGCAGCAAAGAAAUGGAAAUCAGCGAAGAACCAACAUAAUAGUGGACAAAGCACCGAUGUGAAAUGGGAUGAAAUGCUAUCGGACAUUCAGACUCAAUUAACGAAACUUCUGAAACAUAUGACGCAUCCUGAUAAGCAGGCUGAAGUUGCCGACCUCUGCAAUGACAAAGACGCUAAUUGGAAGAAUUUAGGCACUAAAGAAAAACAAACAAAUAAAGCAGCUUGUUUGCUUUUUUCUGCAGGAUUAAAACACAUUUAUGGCCGCGGUAAGGGCUCUGCUAAGGUCAAUGUUAAGGACCCAUCGUUUGAACAAACGAUGGGUUGUUUAUUCCUUAAAGAAUAUGCAAAACAAUUGAAAAAAAUGGCAGAAGAACAAAAAAAGUAUAAGGUACAUCCUAAUUGUAGCGUAGAUUCGGGCAUAGAUUACGCUUUUAAACAAAGUAAAGACAUUAUGCAAGCAUCAUCUCAAUGCAACGGGAAUAGUAAUAAUUCUUGUUUUGUAUGCAAAAUUGACAAAGAUUAUGAUGAUUGCCAAAUUGGCCAAGACAAAGUAGGAAGUAAAGUUAAUGAAUUGUUCAAGAACGACCAAAACAAAGAAAACAUGGAAAAAACAUUAGAGAAUACAGUCUGUCCCAUCCUUCUUACGGAUAUCCUUACCCCUUUUCUUCCUUUGGCUCCUGUCUCUAUUGGCCUUUCUGCUAUGGCUUAUUACCUUUGGAAGUAUUUUGGUCCUCUUGGUAAAGGAGGACCACGUUUUAGAAGAUCUCCUGCUGAAAUUCCUGGUUCAUCAGUACAGGAACAAGUCCUUGAUCAUGUGCAGCAAGAUAGUUCACAUGAAUAUCAACUGGUGAAGGAACGAAAACCUCGUUCUGCUCCAACUAGAACGAAACGUUCUGGUCCCGUGAAUCGUCGAACGAUUAUUGAAAUUCAUUUUGAAGUGUUGGAUGAAUGUCAAAAAGGGGACACACAAUUGAACCAGAAGGAUUUUCUGGAACUUUUGGUUCGAGAAUUCAUGGGAUCUGAAUUAAUGGAAGAAGAACAGGUUCCUAUGGAAGGGGUUCCUAUGGAAAGUGUUCCAAGUUUAGGUUCCGGGUUUAUGGUUUAG